UACGUUAACCCCCACAUGGAACAGUACCUGCGCUCAGUGCACAACAGUCCCACACUGUCCGUCCUCUCUGCGGCUCGAGGCCUCAGUCCAUCUGAUGUGACUCAUGAGCAUCUAAAAGAACGGGGUCUUUUCAGCCUCCCUCCUCCCCCGCAUGGGGCGAACCCAGCCGACUAUUAUCACCUGAUGGCCAACCAUCGCAGUCCGUAUGGAGACCUGCUCAUGCAGACAGGGGCAGCCGCUGCCGCCGCCGCUGCAGCUGCAGCACAUCUUCCAGACUACAUGAGCCCUGUGGACAUGUCCCGUUUCCCAAGCCCCAGGCUGACGCCCAGACUGAGUCGAAAGCGAGCACUUUCAAUUUCGCCACUGUCAGAUGCCAGCAUCGACCUGCAGACCAUGAUCCGAACCUCACCCAACUCUCUGGUGGCUUACAUCAAUAACUCACGAUCCAGCUCCAAUGCCAGUAGCUCCUACGGACACCUCUCUGUCGGAGCCAUUAGUCCAUCCUUUACCUUUCCCCACCCUAUUACGCCGGUGGCAUACCAGCAGCUGCUGUCUCAGCAAAGGGGGCUAAGUGCAUUUGGGCAUACACCACCCAUUCUCCAACCCACUCCAGCCUUUAUUAGCCGCCAACAACCUAUCGGAACCACCACAGCUCAUAGCACCAACAAUGUCGCCAGCAAAGAUGCAAGCCAGAAUGCUGGAGGAGACUCAGCUGUGAGCAGCACAGUCAAUCCCAUGAUCACCAAGAGGUCAAAAGUGAAGACAGAAGCGGAUGCGCCGUGUCCAGUCUCUCCAUUCUCUCAGGACCACGAAGAGCUGAGAGAAGAUCUGGAUAAGGACGAGUGCAAACAGGAGCCAGAGGCUGUAUACGAAACCAACUGCCACUGGGAGGGUUGCUCUAAAGAAUACGACACACAGGAGCAGUUAGUGCAUCACAUCAAUAAUGACCAUAUACAUGGUGAGAAGAAGGAAUUUGUGUGUCGCUGGAAGGAAUGCUCACGAGAACAGAAACCUUUCAAGGCCCAGUACAUGCUGGUAGUCCAUAUGCGACGACACACCGGAGAGAAACCUCACAAGUGCACAUUUGAAGGCUGCUUCAAGGCAUACUCUCGACUAGAGAACCUGAAGACCCAUCUGAGGUCACACACAGGAGAGAAGCCGUAUGUAUGUGAGCAUGAGGGCUGCAACAAAGCCUUCUCCAACGCUUCAGACCGAGCCAAGCACCAGAACCGCACACAUUCAAACGAGAAACCAUACAUCUGCAAGAUCCCAGGUUGUACAAAGCGCUACACAGACCCUAGUUCUCUCAGGAAACAUGUUAAGACAGUACAUGGUCCAGAAGCACACGUAACAAAGAAGCAACGCAGCGAUGCUCCAACAAAACCCCAGCCACCUAAAGGAAAUGCAGAGAACGAGGUCAACCAUAAGCAUUCUGGAAGAGGAACAGAGGGCUUAUCUGAAGCCAACAGCACCACCAAAGGGGGGGAGGAUUACCUGCAAGUCAGUUCGAUCAAGACUGAGAAAACUGUGAUGUAUCAGUCCAGUCCUGGUGGUCAGUCAUCAUGCAGCAGUGAACCAUCGCCACUUGGUAGCUCCACCAACAAUGACAGUGGAGUAGAGAUGGCCAUGCACAGUGGAGGCAGUCUGGGGGACCUUUGCGCUCUGGAUGACCAUUCUGUAGUAGAUUCCACAGGUUCUUCACUGACCUCAGCAGGAGUAGGUCUCCAGCUACGUAAAAACAGGGGUGUCCUUCUACAAGUUGAUCAUAUCAAGAAGGAGAAACUGAAGACCAUGAGAGACUCCUGCUCUUGGACAAACACAGCUCCUCAAGUUCGAAACACCAAGCUGCCUCCUAUACCAGCUGCCGGAUCUUUGCUGGAUGGUUCAAAUAUGGGCCUUCAAAGUGCUGGCCUGCCAUGCCAACGUUUUGGAGACUUACCCUUGUGUGAAAUGACAGUAAUAAACCAGCUAAAUGAGCGCAGAGACAGCACCACGAGUACAGUCAGCUCAGCCUACACUCUCAGCCGUAGGUCCUCAGGAAUCUCACCCUGCUACUCCAGCCGCCGCUCCAGUGAAGCCUCGCAGUUUGGGGUACGCAACAACAAUGUCAGCUCAGCAGACUCUUAUGAUCCCAUCUCCACUGAUCUCUCCCGUCGAUCUAGUGAGGCCAGUCAGUGUGGUGGAAGUGCUCUGCCGAGCAUGCUGAGCCUCACUCCAGCCCAGCAUUACCGCUUGAAGGCAAAAUAUGCAGCAGCCACUGGGGGUGCUCCACCUACACCCCUACCAAAUAUGGACCGCAUGAGUCUUAGAACUAGAAUGGCCUUGUACAAUGAUUCCCAAGAAGGUUCUGCUCAUUUGUUCCAUGCCCGGGCUGCAACCAUUUCAAGGCGCUGCAGUGAUAUGACCUAUGGAGCACCUGGCAUGAUGCCGCAUGAGAUCCCAAACAAUCUGCCAAGAAGAGCUAGUGACCCUGUCCGCAGGACGACUCUGGAUCCUCUCUUCUUGCCACGUGUUCAGCGCUACAACAGCAUGAGUAGCAUGAAUCCAUCUCAGCUGACUCCUAACUUGCAAAUUGUUAACUUGCAGAACAACAACUACUCUGAUGGCACCUUGCAUCGUCAUGCUUUUAACCAAAGGCCAUCAAGCAUCUCUGAGAAUGUUAUCAUGGAAAACAUGGCCAUGGAUAAAGCUGACCAGGCUGAAGAUGACAUGGUGCUUCCAGAUGAUGUGGUGCAGUAUCUUAGGUCCCAGCAUGCUGGCUCGAAUCAGGAAAUGGCCUACAACAGCGAUCAGGCACAUAAUUUUCAAAACAACAUGAACUCCCAGCAACAGCAGCAAUUUCAUGGCCAACGACGCAUGGCCUUGAUUAAUGCAAACAUGAACCAGUCAGAGCAAGUAAUGCCACCAUUUCAAACCAGUUCGGGCUCUCAGCAGCCAUUCCAGGCAUCCAAUGGCUUAAAUAAGAAUCAUAUGCCUGUACAGUGGAAUGAAGUAAGCUCAGGUACGGUAGACGACACGUCAAGGCCAAAGCAGCAGCUUAUAAGAGCCAACCUGGCCCUAAUCCAACAACGGCAAAGCAUGGGCUCUUAUGAAAGCUAUAGUGCAAAUCAACAAUCUGUACCAGUCAGCCCGAACGUGGCUUCUCUGCAGCAGGGGUCCUCACAAAAGACCAAUCAAAGAAUUAACCCCAUCCAGCACUCUAGACAGUCAUUUGUUAACUCUUGUCAGAACCUCAAUGAGCAAGCAAAAGCCCACCGAGGAUAUAGACAGGAAAUAAACUCCAAUGUCUUGUCAGAAAACACCUACCAGGGGCAAGUAUGUAGUAAUGUAACUUUAAAGAAUCAAGAAAUGCAGAAUUACAAGCCUGGUUACUCACACAUGGAAAACCAGCAGAAUUUUGUGCCGUAUUCCCAAACAGCCCUUCAGAAUGGAGGUAGAGUGCUGUUUCAGCCAAGACCCCCACCUGAACCCAAACCUUCAAGCAGACAUCACUCAGGUUUAGGACCGCCCCAGGAGACUGGUUACUCCUUGUUUAAUAAUAGCUCUGACUUCAACAGUUCAGAAGCAAGUCCUAAAAGACCAUCUGGAACUACCCAGCUAACCAGUGGAAAUAAUAACAGCAUGUGCUAUUCAGGUGAGGUCAUGGACUAUAACUCACCGAUGUCUCCAUCUGCCAGUCAAGUUGCUUGUAAUGCAAUGGUUACGAUGGCAUCGCCUGGGGUUAACCAGGUUACCAGUACAGUGGACACUUCUCAGAAUACUGAGCACACACAAAUAGACUUUGAUGCUAUGCUGGAUGAUGGAGAUCAUUCUAGCCUAAUGUCUGGCACACUAAGCCCUGGCCUUUUGCAAAGUCUUUCUCAGAACUCCUCACGACUCACAACCCCACGUAACUCGGUCACUCUGGCCUCAGUACCAGCAGGUAUUAGCAAUAUGGCUAUUGGCGAUAUGAGCUCUAUGUUAACUGCUCUUGCGGAGGAAAGCAAGUUUCUUAACAUGAUGGCUUAG